GAACUAUCAGUCCAUUAAACUUCUUUCUGAAGUUUUUAGGCUUAUAUAUUUGCUUGUAUGCUCUUUCCUGCUUCAACAACCAAUCUGCUUUGUACAACUUAGUCUCAUUUCUGCUCCAAAUCAUUUUUGUCCAAAUGGUUCCUGAAAUUAUCAUUCCAACAAUAAAAAAUGCAGCUGAGGCAGCAAGAACUCUUGGAGGGAACAAUGAUUGUAGCUGUGCUUAUGUUACGUUCUUGGCUGGUGAUGGCGACUACGUGAAAGGUGUGAUUUGUUUGGCAAAAGGACUAAGGAAGGUGAAAGCUGCUUAUCCGCUGGUGGUGGCAAUUUUGCCUGACGUGCCAGAGGAUCACCGCAACUUACUGCUAAACCAGGGGUGUCUCCUUCGUGAGAUUGAGCCCGUUUGUCCUCCUGUUGGCAACACGGAUAGCCAGUAUAUUAGGGCGUAUUUCGCUCUCAAUUACUGUAAGCUUCGCCUGUGGGAGUUCGUGGAGUACAACAAGAUGAUUUACCUGGAUGCGGACAUCCAAGUGUUUGACAAUAUAGACCACCUCUUUGAUUUGCCGAGUGGCUGCUUAUAUGCUGUGAUGGACUGCUUGUGUGAGAUGCAGGGCAAGCCUUGUGCAGACAAGGUCCAGUGGCCUGCAGAACUGGGCAAUGAACCACCAUUUUAUUUCAAUGGUGGCAUGUUCGUUUUUGAGCCGGAUCUUGACACAUACAACAAUCUCUUGAGCACCCUUGAAAUCACCCCUCCGACCCCAUUCGCAGAGCAGGAUUAUCUCAAUUUUUUCUUCAAAAAUACAUCGAGGCCAAUCCCCGCAACCUAUAACUUGCUUGUGGCAAUGCUUUGGCGGCACCCUGAGUGCGUUGAGCUCGACAAAGUGAAAGUGGUUCACUACUGCGUUACUGGGUCAAAGCCUUGGAAGUACACCGACAAAGAGCAAUACAUGGACAGAGAGGACAUGAAAAUGCUGAUCAAGCGCUGGUGGGAAAUUUACAACGACAAGACACUGGACUUCAUCACCACAAAUGAAACAAUUGAUCAAGUUUCCGGUUGACAAUGGAUCUUUAUCUAAAAUAAAGUGAAUCAGAGAUUCACAUGUUUCUGCUCUGGUUUGUGUGUGUUGAUGUUAGAUCCCUUUCGUAACGUCUAUGUAUCCGUACAAAGGUAAUCGAUCGUCUACUGUACUCUACACCUGUUUGGGUGUCCCAGCAGGUCAGUUUUAUGCAGGAAUAUUAAUAUGUGCGAUUCUAGGCUGAUUAUAUCAGUGUUAAAAUGAAUUCAGGAUUCCUUUUCUCUUCUGUAGAAAAGAAGAAGAGGGAUUGAUUCCAUA